CAAAGUUGAAAAAUGUCCUUAGCAUUCCGGGUACUGGUGCUGUUACCUUAAUCUUCUCUUCAAAAGACUGCUGGUCCGUGGCUGCGAGUGUUGAGCGGAUGUUCAAAUGUAAUGCGUUGUGUGUCAAUUUUAGUAUUUUUUUUUCUUACGGUAUCGGUAUGUGAAGUGUUUUGUUAUGUUUGUAAUGUAGAAAUGAGCAUGCCAGUUGGUGUGUUGUGUGGGAGUCGGACUUUCAAAAAAUCAUCUGCUCAAGUCCUGUUGGAGGAAGAAAAUGGUAUCAUCUCCUUCUUCAGGAAAGACUGAAAACUAUUAUUUGCUAUCACGCGCAGAGAUAGCGUAAAAUUGCUAUUAAGGGCGAACACAAACUUUUAAAAGCUUUCAGCCACCUUAAACCAGCACAUAUCGAAUGCAAAAUUGUAUGAUGUUGCACCGUAGGCACAUGCACACUUUCAUUUCUGCUGUCCCUAUUUGAAUAACAUUUUUCUGUUCUGGUUCUUAGGCAAAGAUUCUAGUCACUAAUGUCAAAAAAGCGGCUACCAUGUCAAGCACGGCAAGAAGCCUUCUGUCUCAAAUGAUGAGCAAAAAUGUAGUCAGCAAAUUUACGUGGAUGGGGGUAGCCGACGACAAGUUGAGCUUUUUCAAGCAUGGGCUCAAACUUGUUCUGAUUGAGUGCCUUGUCCUCCUUCACCCUGCAGAAACUGGCCAUCAGGGUCAAAUCUCUAAAUCGAUUGGCCAAUGGUUCACACAGUUCAGCGCAGAAGAACAAGAAACGAAGGAAAAAAGACGUAAAAGACCAAGAGCAAGCAAGAGCAGGCAGCACAAGGUAGAAAAAAGAAGAAGAAGGCAGUCAAGUAGCAGCCACUCUACUUCAAACUGCUCCAGUGUAAAGUCGGAAGCCUUGGCAGACCUCUCCGAAGCAGGAUCCACUCCUUAAAUGGCUGGAAUUAUCUGUCAGGUCAAAUCAAUUUUUUUUUAUAUUUAUUUUUUAUACGCAAACCCAAACGCUCCACUUAAUUGCCUUUGUAGACAGUCUGUUUUCCUCCCAUUGAUAUUUUAUUUUUCUUAUAAUUUUGUAAAUUCAAUAUUUGAUUGAUGUUUUCUUUGUUCCCAUAUCAGCCACGCCUUCAAUGGCCGGAAUUAUCUGUCAGUUUAAAUCAAUUUUUUUAUAUUAAUUUUUU